AUGGAAGAUGCUGCAUCUGUUCUUUCAGAGUAUAUUAGCAAUUUAGAUAAUCUUCCUUCUGAGAUAGCACAUAUUUAUGAUGAAUUAAAAUCUAAAGAGGUUAAAUUUCAAAAAAUUCAUAGACGUAUUUGCACACGCGACAAUUCUAUUCAUAAGCAUAUACGUGCUUAUGGUUCUUUAGUUGUUAAUCCGAAAGAAGCUCAAUAUAUUCCUAAAAUUCAAGCAGAUUUUACAUAUGCUAUUAAGAUUCAAGAUGAAAAGCUAUCACUUUCACGAAAGAGCCUAGAGCUUUUACAAAGACAUCUUCGUCGACUAGAUGAUGAAAUAAGGCGUUUGCACUUGGACGGUCAAACAGCUUCAGAAAUAACUAAGAAUACUUAUCCUUCAUUUUCUACGUUAUGUCCUGAGUCUAGAACAUUGGUUUUGCCUAGGAAAAGACGUGCAUUAUCUGUUCGUAUGUCAGAUUCAGAUCCUGAUUCUAUUAGUAAUGAUAAUGAUGAUUCUCAAGUAUAUUGUUUUUGUCAACAAGUGAGUUAUGGGGAAAUGAUAGCAUGUGAUGAUAGUGAAUGUGUAUUUGAGUGGUUCCAUUAUGGUUGUGUUGGUUUGAAAGCUCCGCCUAAUGGAAAGUGGUUUUGUAGUGAUGCUUGUAAAACUCGAAGCCUUAAAAAAAAAGAUAGAUAUUCUUUAUAUAAUUAG